AUGCUUCUAGACUUUAUCAAGGAUCCCUUUACCUAUUCUAUAUCUUUCUAUAUAAUUUCUGCAUUCUCAAUUCCAAUUCACAUAUUUGGAUCGUAUUGUAUACUAGUUAAAACUCCAGUUAUCAUGAAGUCAGUGAAAUGAGCGCUCUUCAACCUUCAUUUUUGGUCUGCCGCCCUAGAUAUAUUCGGUAGUUUAUUCGUUCAACCACUUCUAUGUACUCCUGCAUUGGCUGGAUUUUCACUAGGACUAUGUGGUUGGAUGGGAAUGCCCACGCCGAUUUGGGCGAUUGGUUAUCUGGCGCUUUUUAGACG